AUGGAGGAGACCAACACAACCAACCUCUAUCUGUACUACAUAGAUUCUGGAUAUGCAGACUUGCCGCCAGCUAAACCAAAUUGGUGCAUAAACUACCAGUUGAAUAUGUCGAUAACUGCAAGUGUUUUUAUUGGUAUUUGUCUGUGUGGACUUGUGGGGAAUAUGGUGGUUUUGUGGUUCCUGGGCUGCCAGAUGAAGAAGACCCCCUUCACUGUCUAUGUCCUGAACCUGGCCAUCGCUGACUUCUCUCUGCUCCUGUUCCUCCUCGUUGUACUUACAUUAUACAUUAUUUCAUCAGCCUAUGGGUUUUAUCAAUUACAGUAUGAUUUGUCUUAUUAUAUCCUGAUGAUUCUGUUUCUGUUUUGUUAUUUUGCCAGCAUGUGUCUCCUGACAGCCAUGAGCAUUGAGAGGUGCGUCUCUGUUUUGUUCCCAAUCUGCGUCAUCUUCAUGUUCAUCUUUGGGUUUCCUCCCACUCUGGCAAUUUUCACCGAUCUUAUUUAUAUAAACGUCUUUUGCCUUCAUAUUGCCUACCUGCCGACAUCGCUGAACAGCAGCGUCAACCCAUUCAUUUAUUUCCUGGUGGGGAGUUACCGUCAGCACCGCUUCCACAGCUCAGUGAAAGUCGCCCUCCGCCAAGUGUUCGAAGAGAAAGCUACAAGUGAGGAGGGGAGCCACGUGCCUGAGGACACUACAGUGGAGACCACUGUGCUGGCAGGGAAUGGGGCCAUCCUUUGGUUCCUCAGCUUCAGCAUCAAGCGGAAGCCCAUCAAUGCCUCCAUCCUGACCCCAGCCAUCCUCAGGAGGAACUGA